CACAUAUAUAAUUGCGGUCGGCUUUUAAAACCAUUUCCGAUUUUGUCAUGUUCGUGCCUCGACUAACGUUAUCUGCCAGCUAAUUCACUCGAGUUUAGACUUACUCGUGCCAGAAGUCCCGCGAACUUUCAUUGGUUAGAUUCGAAGCGAGAACGGCGGCCAGUCUCCUCUCUGUUGUUGCGCCCAGUGAAAAUUUGUUACUGCCACUUUCACCCAGCCCGAUCGACGUAACGCUAUCGAGGAACACUUCGCAUUUUGUUAUAAAAAUGCAGUACUUUCUGUUACUUGCUUUAACGUGUACAGUGGUACAAUAUGUUGUCGCACCGCCUGUUAACCAGAAGAAGGACGAAAAGCUUGACAUUGAAAAUGAAAUUGAAGAUCCAGAUGAAAUGGCAGACUUUGUGGAGUACCGUAGGUACUUGAUGGAAGUGGUUCAAGUAUUGGAAAGCGAUCCAGAAUUUCGGGCGAAGGUGAAAGAAGCAUCGCAAGAAGACAUACGUACAGGGAAAAUAGCAGACCAUCUACAAUUUGUGGAUCAUAAUAUUAGAACUAGAUUAGACGAGAUUAAGAGGAAGGAAUUGGAAAGAUUGAGACAUCUCGCGACUAGAGAGAACGAAUUAAGAAACGGCUUAGAUACCGAACACCUGAAGGUGGCGGAUCAUAUAGAUCACACUAAUUCACGCACAUUUGAAAUAUACGACCUAAAGAAAUUAAUGGCAAAGACUUCGAAAGAUUUGGCAGAGAAUGAUAAAAAACGGAGAGAAGAAUUCAAAAAGCACGAAAUGGAAGUCAAGUACAACGAACAACAGAAGUUGGAACAUAUGAAUGAGGCAGAACGAAAAAAAUACGAGGAUGAAUUGAAAGCAUUACAAGAUAAACAUAAAAAGCAUGAACCUGUACGUCAAGUGCAUCAUCCAGGUAGCAAACAGCAAUUGGAAGAAGUAUGGGAGAAACAGGAUCACAUGGAACCUGAAGAUUUCAAUCCUAAAACAUUCUUCUACAUGCAUGAUAUCGAUGGUAAUGGAGUAUGGGAUCAAGAUGAAGUCAAAGCGUUAUUUUUAAAAGAAUUAGAUAAGCUUUACGUUCAAGGAACUUCGCAAGAGGAAUUAUUCAAGCGCGUGGAGGAAAUGGAAAGGAUGAGAGAACAUGUAUUCAACGAGGUCGAUCUCAACAAGGAUGCGCUCAUAAAUUACGAAGAAUUUCUGAAGCAAACUGAGAAUCCAGAAUUCCAAAAGGACGAGGGAUGGCAAGGACUGGACGAGGGACAGAUUUUCACGCAAGAGGAAUUCGAAGAAUUUGAAAGAAAACGCAAAGAGCACGAGAUACAAAAAAUGAUCGCCCAAGGAAUCCCACCACCUCAGCAAGGUAGUAUACCCGCACAAGACAAACCGUUCCCGCCGCAGUACGCGCAUCCACCGGUUCCUCAUCAAGACUUUCAGCAUCCGCAACAGUUCCAACAACAGAAUCCUCAAUUCUACCAACAGCAGUAUCCUAAUCAUGCACAGGCGCAAGUAGGUCAAGGACAGAUGCCUGAAAUGUAUCAUCCUCAAAUGGUUCAGCAACAACAGUUCCAAGGACAAGCACCGUUGAACCAGCAGUAUCAACAGAUGCCUAUACAGCAGCAAAUGCCUCCUCAGCAAUUGCAACCCGGACAGAUUCCGAUUCAGCAACCCCACGGGCAAAUGCCAGUUCAGCAACCACCUCAAGGACAAAUUCCAGUUCAGCAACCACCUCAAGGACAAAUUCCAGUUCAGCAACCAGCACAAGGACAGAUUCCAAUCCAGCAACAAUCUCAAGGACAAAUUCCGAUUCAGCAACAAUCUCAGGGCCAGAUUCCGAUUCAGCAACAAGCUCAGGGCCAAGUUUUAGUACAACAAGGCCAAGCACCGAAUGCGCAACAACAGCAGAAUCAAGCCGCGAAUCAAGUACCGCAAAAUGUUCAAAGCAACGUGGCUUCGCAACAGCAUAAUCAACCGAACUCGCAGUCCGCUCAGGUUCCGGCGCAACAGGAGAUUAACAGAAACAAUAUACAAACCGGCGGGAAAGCGUAAACACGUGAACUUUUCAUCGGCAAAAGUUUACCAACGAAUGGUGCAAUACUCUGCAGGAAGCCCCCCAGGAGAGAUUCGAUCGAAGCAGAAUGUUAAGUUUGCAGGAAAAUAACUAACGAAGCUAUAUACCGUAUCUUACAACUUCCAUGCCUUUGUCACACUUUCGUCAGUCCAUUAAUUUUAUGAUCUUUAUACGAUUAUAUGCAGAGUUUUAACAUUGCGUUGUUGAUGCGAGGUCGAUUCAUUUAUUUAUUGUGAGAUGUAAAUAAAUACUGUUUCCAGGAA